GGAAGGAACGCCUCCCCAUUGGCCGCCACGGCGACCACGUGGGCAGAGAAGACGCUGGGCUGUGUGGGGAGCAACGCGAAACGGCGACUCUGUGUCUCCCCAUGAGCGCCUCGCCCGCCGUCUCGGCCCUGGAGCGCCUCGCCCCGCGCUUCCAGGGCGCGCUGCUGGGCGCUCUGCUGGGGGACGUCGUGGGCUCUCGCUACGAGGGCCGCGGCUUCGUGAGCCCCGUGGCCCUCGCCAAAGACGCACGAAACUUCCACAUGCGACGCAAUGACGAUUUUCAAUACACGGAUGACACUGCCAUGCUGAGGUCCGUGGCACAGUCCCUCAUCGACAAUGGGCGGUUCGAUGCUCAAGACAUGUCUCAACGAUUUGCCAAAGAAUACCAGAAGGAGCCACUGCGUGGCUACGGGGCGGGUGUGGUGACUGUGUUUGAGAAGUUUCAGCAGCGCGCGUACGCUGGCGACGAUGUAUUUACGCCGGCGGCUGAGCAGUUUGAGGGGCGCGGUUCCUUCGGCAAUGGUGGCGCCAUGAGGGUGGCACCGGUGGCUCUCGCUUACCCUGCGACUGCUGAUGUUAAACACAUCGCCAGAUUGAGUGCACGCAUCACCCACGCCAACUCCCUGGGCUACAACGGCACCAUCUUGCAGGCCUUAGCUGUGCAUUUUGCGAUUGCGGAGGAUAACAUUUGUGCUUUGACGUUUGUUGACAAACUGAUACAAGAGAUGCUCGAGGUCGAGGAAUCCUCAAAUGACAAGGCAAGUGCAAAAAGUGCAACACCCUAUUGUAAUAGGUUGGAGAAGAUCAAGGAGUUCUUGAACCUGAAAGACGUGCCGAGAGAAGAUGUUGUGCAGCACCUCGGCAACGGCGUGCAAGCCUUGGAGUCGGUGCCCACUGCCGUGUACGCCUUCCUGCGCUGCCUGCAACCCGAGCCCGACAUUCCCGACGAGCUGGGUGGCGUGGCGCGCACGCUGCUCUACGCCAUCUCCCUGGGCGGCGAUACGGACACGGUGGCCAGCAUGGCUGGAGCCAUCGCAGGGGCCUAUCACGGUGAUGGUGGCUUGCCGGCCUCAUGGCUCCAGCUCAGUGAAGGUGUGCAGGAGGCCCGCACGCAGGCGCGGCAGCUGCUGGGGCAGUACCAGCGGAAUCUCCGCAGCAGUAGCUCGAGUGUGGAUCACAAGCCCUCUCAAGACUGCAACGCUGAGCAAAAGUGAAGAGAACCUACGACCACUUUGCUAGACGUGGAGUUGGAUGUUGAGAUUGUAUAUUGGGCGGCAGGGCGGUGCAGUGGUGACACCCGUGCCUCAUUAGCUAGAAGCUCCUGGGUUCAAUAACGUUUUUCUGUGUUGCGUAUGUAUUCAUAAUAGAGGUUUUUUGAGUAUGUAUGUUCUCCCCCUGUUCUACGUGGGUUUCCUCUGUUUUUUCCCAUAGCAUAAAAACACAUACUUUGUAACUGGUAUUGGCCAAAGAUCCCAGUUGUUGAAAAAUUAUUUGCAAAUUACUCGAUGGUGAUUACUCACGAUUGGCGACGUAAGGUUAGUAAGCAGUUCAGCGUACAUACUCACAAGAACGCAUUGCCACUACUGCGAACGCUUGGGAAGACCCUCCUGCCUUAGGAGUCUUGAGGCUCUACUGGGUGAACAAGCGUAAUAAUAUAAUUAAUCUUCUUGGUUCUUUCGGUAAAGUCACGUAGAAGGGAAAUAAUAAAAUAAUAAAAAUAAAACAUAAUAAAAUAAUUCUCACGAC